AUGGCUGCACAAUUACAAGCCUUUUGUCUUGUCUCUCUUCUCCUGGUUGGCUUCGUGCAGACAAACCCCAAGCCAGAGACGAUGAAGAUGGAUUGUGACAAAGGUGUGGAAGGCACCAUCUUUGAUUACGAGGCCUUCACUCUGGAUGGAAAGGAAAAGAUUCGGUUCAGACAGUAUGCAGGAAAGUAUGUCCUCUUCAUCAACGUGGCCACCUACUGCGCUCUGACAGACCAGUAUCCUGGUACGUCCGUCCAGGCAGAGGAUUUGUUCCAAAUUUCCAGCUAUUUGAGAAAGGGGAUGUGA